AUCAUGCAGAAGUCCGAAACGGAUUUUGUCUUUACUCUCUUUCAUGGUUAGUGUUCUAAUGUAGUUUGUUUUGCCAUCCUUAAUUGACGGAUUUUCAACAGCCAAAAUGGUUGCCAAUACAUCUACUGCUACAAUUCGAACCCGCAAGUUUAUGACCAACCGUUUGCUAUGCCGAAAACAAAUGGUGGUAGAUGUUAUGCACCCUGGAAAGCCUUCUCCCAAAAAAACUGACAUUCGUGAAAAAUUAGCCAAAAUGUUUAAAGUUUUACCUGAUGUUGUAUUUGUCUUUGGUUUUCAAACAUGCUUUGGAGGUGGAAAAUCAACAGGUUUUGCUCUUAUCUAUGAUACUUUAGAUCAUGCUAAGAAAUUUGAACCAAAAUACAGAUUACAAAGGCAUGGAUUAUUCGAAAAGAAGACUCAAACCAGAAAACAGAGAAAGGAAAGGAAGAACAGGAUGAAGAAGGUGCGCGGUACCAAGAAAACUAAAGUUGGUGCAACCUCUAAAAAGUAAAAUGAUUCAUAGAAGUGAAUGAAUAUACUUUGCGGGUCAGUCAUAAUGCUUGUGAAUGUAAAUAAAAACACUUCUUUAAUAAAA